AUGUCACGCGACGACGAGAGUUACCGCAAUAUGGACCAGCAGCAGUUCGACCGUCGCCGCGAAGAGGAUGAAGCGCGGCAGGACGCGCUGCUGGACCAAAUCCAUGGCGGUGUUGUGGGUCUUAAGAACCAGGCACACGCCAUUAAUGACGAAGUGGUGGAGCAGAAUGUCAUUAUUGACGACAUUGGCGGGAGGAUGGACGAUGCCACGCAAGACAUUUCACGGGAAGAGGAAGCUGCUCGUCAAGUGAAUGCUCGUAAAAAGAAGGCGUGCAAGUUAUACGGCGUGAUUGUAGUGCUGGUGGUGAUCCUCAUCAUUGUGUUUGUGAUUCCCGGACCCGCGUAA